AUUUGGUAGCCUUUGAAAUUGCUAGGUAGCACAGGUUGGCAUUUGCUCUUUCAUUUCUUCUCCAACCCCUUAAUGCCCUGGUUUGAGAGUCUCAGAUCAAUGAAGGUAUAUUGGCAAGAGCAGAGAUGCAGCAGGGGUUUAGAGUUGCUGACCCAGUUGAGAAAGAUCUGGAAAAGUUUAGCGUAGCAUUUUUCAGAGAAGAGGAAACAGCCAGUGAAAAACACUAAGGAGGAAAAGGAAUUUAGAAACAUAAUGGGACCGAAAUUGAGCGUGAAUAUCUAUGCUAAAUGCAGGACAAUCUCUUCUGGUCUAGCACAAAUAACUAUCUGUCUUCUUUCUGCUGUGCUACAGGGAGUUCACUUCUUAUUUUCAUAUAGGUUAUAAAACCUAGCAAUGUGUACUUGAGAAAAUACUUUGUCUAAGUCUCUCGGAGGCAAAAGUCUAUAUAGCCACAAAAGGAUAGCCCAGAAAGUUUCUCAUCUUGAAAACAGCUCUAGGCAAAUCAGAAAAGUCACUCACAGUUAUUCUUAAUUCCAUGAAACUGACUGAACAACAGCCAUACUGAAGAUGAGGUAUCUACCUUAUCAUGUAUUGCCACAGCUCCUUAGAUAAGCCACAAUCCAUACCUCCAGCCUGUUGCACUGUAAUUAUGCAUUUGUGUCUGUUUCUUAAUUUGACUGUAGAAUCCUUGAAGGAAGAGGUAGUAUAAUCAUUUUUAUAUCCUUAGAGUCUAACACUUUGUCUGGUACAUUGAAGAGCUCAAUAAAUGUCAAAUGAUUGAAUCAUGGCAUGCACCAAUGGUUACUACAACCCUUUGUCCUCCAAUUGUAAUUCCUGCAAAAUGUUGAGUCAGAAAAGUAUAUUAUGCAAAAAUAGAAUGACAAUCUCUGUGGUACAGGUUUUAUAGAACCAUGGGAUUCUUGGCUGGAGGGGACUUAAGAGCCAUUUGAUCCAACCCCCUUAUUUCAAAGAUGAGAAACCUGAAGGCCCAGUGAAUGAAGUGACUUGUCAUGGUUUACUCCUCAUAGGUGACAGAGCCUGAAUCAGACAUGAGUCAAAAGACCCAUGUCCUGAGAUGCCAACCUAGCACCCUUUUUUACCACUGGGAUAGAGAGAUUCCCUGGUCUUAUUUAGACGUGGCCUCAGCAGCCAAAGAAGUUGGAAGCUUUUUAUUCCUACAGAGAAGUAAUAAAUUGUCUAACCCUCUCUAUGUUAUUUAUGAUGCUAUUCAGUCUUUUUUCAAAUUUUUUAUUAAAAAAAUUUUUUUUACCCACACUACAGAGAUGUAGCUAUUAAAUCGUUAAAACAACUCUAUGAGGUUAGUAUUACUAUUUUAUAGAUGGAGAAGUUAAAUAGCUACCAGUUGAAAGUGGAAGUCAGGGUAGAGAGACAUGCAUCCCCUGCCAUUCAGAGUUGGAAUGAAGAAUACAUUUUCCACAGAAACAGUGGUACACAGUAGCAUUAAAAUUCUGCUAUUAGUAGGGCAUUUCAGAAGAUAAAGUCAACUUUUAUGGCCUGAAUUUAUUUCUUCCUAUAAUGUGUUUUUUAUUUUCAGUUCCAACCCCAUUGGUUCAUAUGUAGGAACUGAUAGGAACCACACUUUCACAUCUCUCCCAAUUGACCUUUGGGAUGUGUGCAUAAAAUUACUGAAAUGAAGUGAACAUAAUAAUUUAUUAUGUUUUCUAAGAAGACUUUAGUAUUAUUCAGAGUGAAAGCAUGUAUUCUUCCUGAAAAAUAGUCAUGCUAAGUAUUGUACUCCUUUCUGUGAAGCAAUAGUGGCACCUGGUGGUUUCAUUUAGUAACCACAGACUUUUUGUUUUGCUUGAAUUUUGAAUGAGCCCAGUCAUGGGCUGCAAUAACUAGUGAGUCUAUUCCACGUAGGUCCUCAGUAUGGUUUAUCUAAACUGGUGACUUCUAUGCUCAGAAAAACACUAAUGUUCAUAUAAGUAAGAUAUAUCUGGUUUUUUUCAGGCUUAACAAAUUGCAAGCACAGAAAAUGUACUGGCUAUUUGAAUAUAUAGAAUUUUCUUUUCUUUUUUUUUUGAGACAGAGUCUUGUGCUGUCACCCAGGCUAGAAUGCAGUGGUGUGAUCUCAGCUCACUGAAACCUCUGCCUCGUGAGUCCAAGUGAUUUUCCUGCCUCAGCCUUCUGAGUAGCGGGGACUACAGGCACGUGCCACCAUGCCCAGCUAAUUUUUGUAUUUUUAGUAGAGACAGGCUUUCAUCAUGUUGGCCAGGCUGGUCUCGAACUCCUGGUCUCAGAUGAUCCACCUGCCUCAGCCUCCCAAAGUGCUGGGAUUAUAGGCAUGAGCCACCAUGAAUGGCUAUAGGAUUUUCUUUAAGUAACUUUUGAAGUUUUUUUCCUGAUAUUAAAAUAAAUAUAUGUAUUGCAGAAAACUGGAGAAACAGAAAAGUAUGAGGAAGAAAAAUACUCUUAUGCCACCUACAUAUAGCCACUGUUAAUAUUUUGCUGCAAUUAUAUAUAUAUUCACUCAUAUAUAAACACAUUAACAAAACUAAGACUUUAUACAUAGAUGUUUCAUUUGACAGCAAAAUUUAAAUGUUCACAAUAUCAUUUUAUUAAACAUUCUAGAGGACAAUUUUUUUCUUUCUUUUUUGAAGACAGGGUCUUGCUUUGUCACCCAGGCUGGAGAGCAGUGCACUCGGCCUGAAGCACAGCCCAUCGCAGCCUCAAGCUCCUGGGCUGAAGUGAUCCUCCCACCUUCCGAAGUAGCUGGGUGUAGGUGGGACCACAGACAUGCCACCAUGCCAGGCUAAUUUUUGUAUUUUUUGUAGAGACGGGGUCUUUGUGUUGCCCAAGCUGAUCUUGAACUCCUGGGCUCAAGCAAUCUGCUCUCCUUGGCCUCCCAAAUUGCUGGGAUUACAGGUGUCAGCCACCAUGCCCAGCUGAGGACAUAAUUUUAAUUUUUUUAAAUUUUUUAUUUAUUUUUUAUUUUUAUUUAUUUAUUUUUUUUGAGAUGGAGUCUCGCUCUGUCGGCCAGGCUGGAGUGCAGUGGCGCCAUCUUGGCUCACUGCAACCUCUGCCUCCUGGGUUCAAGCGAUUCUUCUGCCUCAGCCUUCCGAGUAGCUGGGAUUACAGGCACAUGCCACCACGCCUGGCUAAUUUUUUGUAUUUUUAGUAGAGACGGUGUUGUACUGUGUUAGCCAGGAUGGUCUCAACUUCCUGACCUGGUGAUCCGCCCACCUCAGCCUCCCAAAGUGUUGGGAUUACAGGCGUGAGCCACUGCACGCAGCCCAGGACAUAAUUUUUAAUAGUUACACAUAAUAUUCCACUAUUUAGUUUCAAAAAAGAUUCUUUGCUGUUGACAUUUAUUUAUGUUUUCCUUGUGUAACUCCAAAACAAACAUCCUUGCAUGCAAAUCUUUUAUUUUUUUUUUUUUGAGACAGGGUCUCGAAGUUGCUCAGGCUUGAGUGCAGUGGUGUGAUCACAGCUCACUGCAGUCUUGACCUCCCAGGGUCAAAUGAUCCUUCCACCUCAGCCACCCAAGUAGCUAGGACUACAGGCACAUGCCACUAUGCUUGGCUAAUUUUUAAAUUAAAAAAAUUUUUUUUUAGAGAUAAAAUCUCCCUAGAGACAGAAUCUCCCUAUUUUGCCCAGACUGGUCUCAAAUUCUUGGGCUUAGUGAUCCUCCUGCCUUGGCCUCUCAAAGUGCUGGGAUUACAGGUGUGAGCCACAAUGCCCAGCUGCACAUGAAUCUUUGAUUAUUUCCUUUAGAUUCCUAGAAGUGGAAUUAUUGGGCUGAAGUAGUCUUUUUUUUUGAGACAGUCGCCCAGACUGGAGUGCAGUGGCGCAAUCUCUGCUCACUGCAGCCUCCACCUCCCAGGUUCAAGCAAUUCUCCUGCCUCAACCUCCCAAGUAGCUGGGAUUACAGGUGUGUGCCAUUACUGCCCAGCUAAUUUUUGUAUUUUUUAGUGGAAGCAGAGUUUCACCAUGUUGGCCAGGCUGGUCUUGAACUCCUGACCACAAAUGAUCCACCUGCCUCAGCCUCCCAAUGUGCUGGGAUUAUAGGCCUGAGCCACCGCUGGGCUGAGGUAGUCUUGAUUUAUAUUUUUUCAGUUUUCUGAAUUUGAACUGAAUUCAUUUCAACUUUAUAUGAAACUCUAAACAGCAUGAUGAACAUGAAAUAAAGGUGAGCUAAUGGCAUAUUAAUUUCUGAAGUAUUCCCAUUUUGUCAAACUAAUUAGCUCUUAGAUAGGCCAUCCUCACCAAUAUACUAAGUAGUUUCCCCUCCCACCUGGUACAGGAAGUUUAAAAAUUUGUGUAUCUCCAAAUGUCGGUAUUCAUAUUCAAUCCACUAAGCUAGGAAAAAAUUGAAAUAAAAUUCCAAACUUAAAUGAAGGAUGGUGAACGUAUGAUUAUGUGGAAGUUAAGUGUGGUCUUUGAAAGGAGGUUGCUGGAGAAGGCAGUGGAUGUGGGCUCAGUAUGUAUUUUGCAAUGCUUAGCAUCUGAAUGGUUGUUGAGAGCAGUGGUAUGAAAUGUAGGCUGUGCAAGGAAAUGCUUUGGGGGAUGGAAAAUAUUAAAUAUUUUAUAUGUAUUAUAUUGAUAUCUUUUUUAAAUUUUUUUAUUUUUUAUUUUAUUUUUUUAUUGAUCAUUCUUGGGUGUUUCUCGCAGAGGGGGAUUUGGCAGGGUCACAGGACAACAGUGGAGGGAAGGUCAGCAGACAAACGAGUGAACAAAGGUCUCUGGUUUUCCUAGGCAGAGGACCCUGGGGCCUUCCGCAGUGUUUGUAUCCCUGGGUACUUGAGAUUAGGGAGUGGUGAUGACUCUUUUUUUUCUUUUUUUAUUUUUAUUUUUAUUUUUUUAUUGAUCAUUCUUGGGCAUUUCUCGCAUAGGGGGAUUUGGCAGGGUCAUAGGACAAUAGUGGAGGGAAGUUCAGCAGAUAAACAAGUGAACAAAGGUCUCUGGUUUUCCUAGGCAGAGGACCCUGCGGCCUACCGCAGUGUUUGUGUCCCUGGGUACUUGAGAUUAGGGAGUGGUGUUGACUCUUAACGAGCAUGCUGCCUUCAAGCAUCUGUUUAACAAAGCACAUCUUGCACCGCCCUUAAUCCAUUUAACCCUGAGUGGACACAGCACAUGUUUCAGAGAGCAUCGGGUUGGGGGCAAGGUCAUAGAUCAACAGCAUCCCAAGGCAGAAGAAUUUCUCCUAGUACAGAACAAAAUGGAGUCUCCCAUGCCCACCUCUUUCUACACAGACACAGCAACAAUCUGAUUUCCCCAUCUUUUCCCCACAUUUCCCCCCUCUCUAUUGGACAAAACCGCCAUCGUCAUCAUGGCCCGCUCCCAAUGAGCUGUUGGGUACACCUCCCAGAGGGGGUGGCGGCCGGGCAGAGGGGCUCCCCAUUUCCCAGAAGGGGCGGCCGGGCAGAGGCGCCCCCCUCCUCCCGGACGGGGCGGCUGGCCGGGCGGGGGCUGCCCCCCACCUCCCUCCCGGACGGGGUGGCUGCCGGGCGGAGGGGUUCCUCACUUCUCAGAUGGGGCGGCUGCGGGGCAGAGGGGCUCCUCACUUCUCAGACGGGGCGGCCGGGCAGAGAUGCGCCUCACCUCCCAGACGGGGUCGCGGCCAGGCAGAGGCGCUCCUCACAUCCCAGACGGGGCGGAGGGGCAGAGGUGCUCCCCACAUCUCAGACGAUGGGCGGCCGGGCAGAGACGCUCCUCACUUCCUAGACAGGAUGGCGGCCGGGAAGAGGCGCUCCUCACUUCCCAGACUGGGCAGCCAGGCAGAGGGGGCUCCUCACAUCCCAGACGAUGGGCGGGCGGGCAGAGACACUCUUCACUUCCCAGACAGGGUGGCGGCCGGGCAGAGGCUGCAGUCUCGGCACUUUGGGAGGCCAAGGCAGGCGGCUGGGAGGUGGAGGUUGUAGCUAGCCGAGAUCACGCCACUGCACUCCAGCCUGGGCAACAUUGAGCACUGAGUGAACGAGACUCUGUCUGUAAUCCCGGCACCCCGGGAGGCCGAGGCUGGCAGAUCACUCGCGGUUAGGAGCUGGAGACCAGCGCGGCCAACACAGCGAAACCCCGUCUCCACCAAAAAAAUACGAAAACCAGUCAGGCGUGGCGGCACGCGCCUGCAAUCGCAGGCACUCGGCAGGCUGAGGCAGGAGAAUCAGGCAGGGAGGUUGCAGUGAGCGGAGAUGGCAGCAGUACAGUCCAGCUUCGGCUCAGCAUCAGAGGGAGACCGUGGAAAGAGAGGGAGAGGGAGACCGUGGGGAGAGGGAGAGGGCUAUUGAUAUCUUUUUUACUUUCCGUACUUAUGAGUACAUUCCUACAAUGUUAUUUAAAACUAUGCAUUUAUGAGUAAACAUACAUGUAUUUCAGAGAUAUACUGUAAACAUACCAUAAAGUAUAUAUCCACUUUCCAUGAGGUAUUUAUACAAAGGAAGGACCAUGGAUAAAAUUUUUUUAGCAUUAUAUCCAUUUUCCUGUUGGUCACUAUUUCUAUAAUGGGUUCUUGGGGAGAUUAGAAUCUCCAGGAUGAUUUUUCAAACUCACAUACCCAGGUAUGUUAGUGCCCCUUACUGGGGCACUUGUAGUUGGUUAAAGUUUCCCAAACAAUCUUGAAAUUUUUUUUUCUCCUUCCUCCUUAUCCACUUAUUUCACUUGAGAACCAUUACUCUCUUUUAAGCUAUCCAGAUCUAUGUCCUUAAUCUAGCAGUAAUUUAUCAAAAACCCAUAUGAUAAGAGAAUUAUUCUAUAAUGGUGUUGGUAAAGAAAAUCUAAAAUAGAAAAAACAUGCCGACAAUUGAUUGGCUAAUGAGGUGGGUGAUGCCAGAUGCAAGACUGCUGGGCCUACCACAGGAGCAAGAGAGAAGCCAUGCAUUCCAUCUCAAGGCAUCUGUGAGCCCACGUAGACACCUUAGCAAAGCUCACCCUCCCGAGUUGAAAAAAUUUAUAGACAAGAAGUUAUCAUUGAAAUUAAAUGGUGACAGACAUGUCCAAGGAAUAUUGUGGGGAUUUGAUCCCUUAAUGAAUCUUGUGAUAGAUAAGUGUGUGGAGAUGGCAACCAGCGGGCAACAGAAGAAUAUUGGAAUGGUGGUGAUACGAAGAAAUAGUAUCAUCAUGUUAGAAACCUUGGAACGAGAAUAAAUAAUGGCUGUUCAGCAGAGAAAUUCCACGUCCCCUCUCCAAAGAGCCUGUUUUACUAUGAUGUAAAAAUUAGGUCAUGUAUAUUUUUAUAUUGGAUUUUUUAUAUUAAAAACUUUUUGUUAGGCCGGGCACAGUGGCUCACGCCUAUAAUCCUAGCACUUUGGGAGGCCGAGGCAGGUGGAUCACCUGAGGUCAGGAGUUCAAGACCAGCCUGGCCAACAUGGUGAAACCCCAUCUCUACUAAAAAUACAAAAAUUAGCUGGGUGUGGUGGCGGGCACCUGUAAUCCCAGCUACUUGGGAGGCUGAGGCAGGAGAAUCGCUUGAA